UAUUUGUUCAACAGUCGUUCUUGCAUUUAGGGUUUUGUCCCAAAUACUAUGUAACAAAAAUGGAGUUAGGAAACAUUGUCAAAGUUUCCGUGCGAACCCUAGACAUAGACUCGUCUCCUAUACAGGUUUCAGUGAAAGAGGAGGCCACUGCUGGGGAGGUUCUACAAAAAGUGGCAAACGUUUUAGGUAUCCAUACAGAAAACCUGCCUCUGUUCUCGUUGUUUGAAUGUAUGGAGGCACCGAUAAACAGACUACGUGACCAGGACAUAGUACCCUUCACUACAGGUUUGAGUAUUCAGAAGUGGUGUUUUGAACCAGUGAAAGAGGAACAGGUGCUGUCCAGGAAUGUGGAUACAGCUGCGAUACAGCUGCUGUUCCUACAGGCGCAGGCAGAUGUCAGGGAAGGAAAACUACACCCCAGCCCUGAACAGAGGACAAAACUAGAAGAAUACUGCGACCCAAGCUUCCCCCUCCACGGCAGAUAUGUACAGUUGUGUCAGACAUUAGAAGACUACUCUUCUGUCAGGUUUAGAGAUGUCAUUGUGGAAAGAGAUCUUUGUGUGGACAAUUUCAAGGUCCCAGUCGGUACUAUAAUAGAGCUGCGUGUGACCUUGACUGGCCUCAGACUGGUCUCCGGGGAGAUGACCUUGUCUAUUGUGUGGAGCAGAAUCACAAGCUGGACCAAUGUAAAAGAAGGAAACCAUCUACAGUAUGAGGUGUACAGUCCUGACUCUGGUAGUAGGGAUAUUCUGGCUGUGCAGACUAUCCAGGCUCCCUAUCUUCUCUCUACAACACUGGAAAUCAUUGCUGCUCUACAGAAAGAACAGAGUGGCCCUGCCUUCCACACUUCACAGGUGCACAGACAAGAAGAAGGCACGGUCACCCACUGGGACAAUGUGCUCUUCCAGGCUUAAGCUUGGACAACAGCUGAAC